UCAUUUUGAUUCUAAUAAAAAAAAAAAUAGACAGCGACAUGACGUCAUUACGUCUACGUACGUAAACGCGUAACGUCGCACCGGAGGUGGCACGUAAGGUUACCGAAUAAACAUCUGAGGAAAAGAAAAGGAGACGAUUGUUCAGCGAAUUUAGAGCUGCGGGUUUGACCCGUCGCUACUUGGACUGCUUGUGGGCUAACAGCGGGGCGGAUGUUGCCGGAGGCCCCCCGGAGGAAGGACCUUUUCGGCGCUGAGUUUAGCAGGGAGCGGUGGGGAGGGCUGUAGCCGCUGCUGCGAGGCGUCUUUUGGCGAAACAACAUGGCUGCGGCGGAGCUCGAAUGGAUCCCAGAAACGCUGUAUAACACCGCUAUCUCAGCGGUGGUGGACAACUACAGCCGAGCCAGAAGAGACAUACGGUCUCUGCCAGAAAAUAUCCAGUUCGAUGUCUACUAUAAGACACCUGCUGCACCACUGUUUCCAGGCCCUAAUGGACCACGGGGUGAAAGUGGCCUCAGUUCUAGCAAACUCCUUCAGCCGCCGCUGCUCCUACAUCGCAGAGUCUGACGCUCACGUCAAAGAGAAGGCCAUCCAGUUUGGCUUUGUGCUGGGUGGCUUCUUGUCUGAUGCUGGCUGGUACGGCGACGCAGAAAAAGUGUUUCUGUCGUGCCUGCAGCUGUGCACGCUCCACAGUGAGCUUCUCCACUGUUACCGAGCUGUGGAAUGCUGCGUCAGGCUGCUCCAUGUCCGCAAUGAUAACUGUAAGUACCACCUGGGGGAGGAGACCUUCAAGCUUGCUCAGUCCUACAUGGACAAACUAGCCAAACAUGGCCAUCAGGCCAACAAGGCGGCGCUAUACGGCGAGCUUUGUGCCUUGCUCUUUGCCAAAAGCCACUACGAUGAGGCAUACAGGUGGUGUAUAGAGGCUAUGAAAGAGAUUUCUCCAGGGUUGCCUGUCAAAGUAGUUGUGGAUGUUCUCCGACAAGCCUCCAAGGCUUGUGUGGUGAAAAGAGAGUUCAGAAAAGCAGAGCAGCUGAUCAAACAUGCUGUGUUUCUAGCAAGAGAACAUUUUGGACUCAAACAUCCAAAGUACUCUGACACGCUGCUAGAUUACGGCUUUUACUUAUUAAAUGUAGACAAUAUAUGUCAAUCAGUUGUUAUUUACCAGAAGGCCCUGGACAUCCGACAGUCUGUGUUUGGAGGGAAGAACAUCCACGUUGCCACAGCUCAUGAAGACUUGGCGUACUCCUCGUAUGUCCACCAGUACAGCACUGGAAAGUUUGAUAACGCCCUGUUCCACGCAGAACGUGCCAUAGACAUCAUUACUCAUAUUCUGCCUGAGGACCACCUUCUGCUGGCGUCCUCCAAGAGAGUCAAAGCUCUGAUCCUGGAGGAGAUCGCCAUCGACUGCCACAAUAAAGAAACAGAAGAGCGUCUCCUGCAGGAGGCUCAUGACCUGCACCUCUCCUCCCUGCAGCUGGCCAAAAAGGCCUUCGGGGAGUUCAACGUUCAGACAGCAAAACACUACGGCAACCUGGGACGGCUCUACCAGUCCAUGAGGAAGUUUAAG